AGAUAACCUUGAACGAUUUUCUCGUCUAACGGCACACAUAACAAAAAACAAAGUAACUGUAUUCUUUCUGUGAUGGCAUGGCUUUGACAGUCAUUCGCUUGUAGAUUACUCGCGAGAGGAGUGUGUAGUAUAAUGGAUGAAACAGAAUUUAAGUCUAAUGCGGUUCGUGUUGUAAACGCUUUUAAAUCAUAUACAGUGAAUGCAAAAGUGUUAAAAGGAUUAAAUCUCAAUGUACCUUCAGGAUGCAUUUAUGGUCUUCUGGGGCCAAGUGGUUGCGGUAAAACUACUUUACUCAGUUCAAUAAUAGGUUUUCAAAGUCUAGAUUCUGGUACCAUAAGUGUUCAAACAGAAAACCGCUCGGAUAUUGGUUACAUGCCUCAGGAACUCAGCCUAGACGACUAUUUGACUGUACGCGAGAUUUUAGAAUUCUAUGGUUCGUUGUAUAAUAUGUCAGAAAAAUUAAUACACAAAAGAAUUAAUGAGCUGCAAUAUGUUUUAGAACUACAUUUUCUUGAUUCAUAUAUCAAAAAUCUCAGUGGAGGACAAUGCAGAAGAGCAUCGCUAGCAGUUAGCUUGUUGCACGACCCAAAAAUAAUUAUUUUAGAUGAACCAACCGUAGGGCUAGAUCCAAUAUUGAGUCACAACAUUUGGAAAUAUUUUGUCAAUUUAGUCAAAACAAAAGGGAAAACUAUAAUUAUCACGACGCAUUAUAUACAAGAAGCGCACCAAGCAGACAUUAUUGGAUUGAUGAUUAAUGGUAAAAUUUUGGAGGAAUCUUCACCAAAAAAUGUAUUGGAAAAAUAUGAAACAGACAAUUUGGAAACAGCAUUUCUGAGACUUUGUGAAGAACAAAAAGAUAACACUACAGAUCAGCCAGGACCGCAACAAGUAAAUUCAAAAAAUAAUAAUAAUAAUAAUAACAAUAAUGAAAUAACUAAGAAAAUGGACAGUGGCCUCUCUAAACAUAGGAUUCGAACGUUAUUUAAGAAAAAUCGACUAGUGACAUUAAGAGAUUACGUAUUUUAUUUCAAUAUGUUGUUGAUUCCCACAUUUCAAAUUUUUAACUUCAACAUUAACGUAGGAGGUCGAAUGGAUCACGGCCAAAUUGCCAUUAAUAAUGACGAAGUUAAUUUUAGCCAAUGUAAAAAUUCAAAUUAUAUGGAUUAUAAUGGAUGUAUAUUUGAUAAAACCUAUAAUGCCAAUUUGAGUUGCCAUUUAAUUUCUAUUCUGAAAUCUCUAAAUUAUGACAUAUUAGAAUUAAAUGAUCGAAAUUUUACUGCAAAAGAUGUUGAAAGGUCAAAUGUAUUCUCAUAUCUACGUUUUCAUAAAAAUUUUACGAGGGGUAUUCGAAAAUACAUACUAAGGGAACAAGAUUUUUCCUAUGAAGAUGUCUUAUAUUCACACAUUCCAAACAGAAAUUUAUUGAUUAAACAGCAAAUCACAUUUGACCUCAUAAAAGCCUUAAAUAUACUUCUAGGCAAAGAAGUAAAAUAUUGUAACAAGAACGCAAAAUUAGUCAAGUUGCCUAUGGAAAUCGUUAGAUUAGUUGGAGAAAAGGUGAAAACCCUACGUCAUUACUCAAUAUCGUUUAUCAUUGCGUUAACUUCCUACUACUUUUCUUGUAUUUAUUCCGGAAGUUUCAUGAUAACUGAAAAGACUAAUGGUUUACUCAACAGAUCUAUGUUGGCAGGCGUUACAACUCAAGAAGUGAUUAUUUCAUUGUUAUGCAUUCAAAUAUUUUUAUGUGCUGCUCAAUUUACCAUUCAAGUAUUUGUUUCGUUUGUGAUUUUUUCAAAUCCAGUAGAAAUAUCAAGUGGUCUGUUAUUAUAUGUUACUGCAAAUUUUUUCGUCGGAUGGAUUGGAUUUUUUUAUGGAAUAGUAUGUGCCGGAAUAUCAAACAAUUGCAUUGAAGUUGUAUUCUUAGCGCUUGGAUGUAUUAUGGGUCAACUAUUUGUUGGAGGUGUAAUAUGGCCAAUUGAGGCACAACACUAUUUAGUACAAUUAUUAUCGACAAAUAUACCAAUGACUGUAGCCGGGAGGUUAAUGAGUAAUGUUUCAUUAAGAGGAUGGACACUGACAAAUCCUGAGGUUAUGGAGGAUUUUAUUAAAACUAUCGUUCUCUUUUUCGCACAUAUUGGACUAUUAUAUUGUUUGAAAUUCAUAAAAAAAGACCCAUGGUCAUUACGUAGAUAACUAAUGACUUAAUAAUGUAUAAAGACUAAUGCUCGCCGUUCUCUCUUACCUACUUAAUUCGUUAACAAAACUAGAAAUGCUCAAAAAUAAAAUAGUGUUAAUUAUAACAUAUUUGUAUAUAACCAAAUUUUUGUACUUAGCUAUCAUAAAAUAUUUUAUUUAUUUGCCAUAUGAAAAAUAAUUCACUCUAAUGUUAACCAUUUUUUAAAAAUAAUUUCUGUAUGUUAGAUUAGCGAAUAUUUUUUUUACGGACAAACCUUUAUUAAUUUAUUUAUAAUUUAGUUGUGUUA